GCUCUGCAGAGGCGAUGUUGAGGUGAGGAAUACGUUUCAAUGUUUAUGUUUUUACUGAAUAAAGUAACGAUCUUUCCAUGCAAUAAUAACAAACAGUAAUCGUUCAGUGUUGUGUGCCAAUAAUCCGUUUUAUAUUUGACAUAUAUUAUCUGUUAGUUUUUCAUUUUCCUAAGGUUGAUGCUUAGGACGGGUAAUAUUUCAAGGAGACCUCUUCUACGAUUAGUCAUUGCAGGAUUAUUCCAAGAAUCUUCUCACUACUACAAAUUCAAAACUGCUUGCAAUCGAUACCGGACCCAGUGUUCUGCGGUCCUGCAGCCGGACCGAGCAUCAACUUGUCCUGUGAGUGUUCUGAAGCAGAUGCCUGAGCAGCAACAAUACAGCGCGAUGGAGCCCAGCCUAUACACAGCUCCUCCAGAGGUCCGAGGUAUGACUUGUUUGGAUAAAGAAGCCUUCGCCCAGACAGUUGUUGUCCCAGCCCUGCGUGUGCCAAAAGAAGUCCUGAAUAAAUUGGUGAAGAGCCUGAAAAAGUAGCCCUCCAGCGCCCAGGCAUGCGAAGAGUUGUUGGGGUCGAAGGCAGCGAUGAUGACAGGCUCUUGCUGCUGGACCCUGCCAUUGUCUCCUCACCCAACUCAUUCAGCGACGCAGAGGCCAAGGCGUUGCGGUCAUUUGGAGUACCUCAAGAGCUCCAGCACUACGAGCUGAGGCUGACCUACGACAACCUGAAGAGUGAGGAGGUUCUGCGCGCUGUACUGCCAGAGGGACAGGAUGUCACCUCAGGGUUUAGUCGAGUGGGUCACAUUGCACAUAUGAACCUGAGGGAGCACCAGCUGCCAUACAGAAACCUCAUAGGUGAGAGUGCUACAAACAUACUGUACUGUUCUGCAUCACAAUGUAAGUAGUACUAUCUGUCAGAAGACAGACACAGGCAUGGGUAUCAGUGAUGCUGUUGACAGGUCAUUGUGUAUUUUACAUGUGAUGCUCUCUUCAAUCCCUGACCACCCUCCCAAUAUUGUGUUUCCAGAGUGGUCAAUUAGCUACAGAUGAAAUACAUUAUGUGUGUGUGUGAGGAAAACGAUAGUGCUGAUUCAUUUUGUUUUACUGACAUGAUGCUGUCUGCUGUUGCGAAUCCAUUUCCAGGCCAAGUCAUAAUGGAUAAGAACCCUGGGGUGACCUGUGUGGUCAAUAAGACCAACACCAUCGACUCCACCUACCGCUUCUUCAAGAUGGAGGUGAUGGCUGGAGAGGAAAAUAUGGUGGCCAAAGUAAGUACUUAGAAAUUGUGAUUUUUGAUUAAGCAUAGUUUGUCAUGAAAUCAGAGGCAUGGGCAUUGCAUUCAUUCCUUAUCUUCUCUCUACCUCUGCUGUAGGUGCGUGAGAACGGCGUGACAUACGAGUUAGAUUUCUCGUGUGUGUAUUGGAACCCUCGUCUUAGCACGGAGCAUGAGCGUAUGGUGGCUCUUCUGAAACGCGGUGACACUGUGCUGGAUGUGUUCGCUGGUGUGGGUCCCUUUGCCAUCCCCGCUGCCCGGCGUGGCUGCACUGUGCUGGCCAAUGACCUCAACCCUGAGUCCCACCGCUGGCUGCAGCACAACUGCAAGCUGAACAAGGUGGAGCGUAAGGUCACAACCUUUAACCUGGACGGCAGGGCCUUCAUCCAGGGGCCACUGAAGCAGAAGCUGCCUGCCCUGCUUCAUGAACCUGCCUGCCUUGGCCCUGGAGUUCCUGGAUGCCUUCAGAGGCCUCCUGGACCAGGGACUUUCCUGCGAUGUGAACCUGCCGCAGGUGCACUGCUAUGGGUUCUCUAAGGAGAACGACCCUCAGAGAGACGUGGUGGAAAGGGCCUCAGCCAGCCUGGGGUUAUCCCUAGAGGGGUGGUGCUCUGUGCAUCUGGUGAGGAAUGUGGCCCCAAACAAGGAGAUGAUGUGUGUGAGUUUCACCAUCCCCAAAGAGGUGCUCUUCAGCAGUAAGAGCACAGAGACAGGUGAGCUUUCAUUCACAGUACUCAACACACAUGCAUGAUUCAUUCAUUCACUCUCUGAAAGACUAUAGACUGAUAAAAUACUAAUACCCUUUGUCCUCUCCUCAGGAACCAUAGAAGAACCAGCCCCAAAGAGACAUAAGUGUGGGGAGACAACAGAUUGAAUAUAUUUCACAAAGGUCGUCAUUCUGAGACAUUAAAUUGUACAUUUUAUUUUUUAUCUCUGAAUUGUGUUCAUGUUUUUAUUUUAAAGUGUCAAUGAGGCGGUCAUGAUCUAAAUCAUGGUGACGUCUUCACCUAAAAAUAACAUCCAAACUGGUAUGUGUUGUUGACUAUUUCAAAUACUGGUCCAUUAUCCAGGUCCAACAAUAAGGCAUUGUUUCAAUAGUUUUAUUAUCCAACAAACAGGACAAGGGUCAGACCACAACUGGCUUAAUGUGUUUUUAUAUUUAUUUUAAUAAAAAUGAAAAGAUAAUUAAAAAAAUAGCAACAUAUACAUUCUGGUCUGACUU